GGUGGGUCUUUCACUAUGGUAACUCCAGAGGAUGCUGGGCGCUGAGUGGGCUGGAAAGGGGACGCUGACAGGUAACAUGGAGGAACCGGAGAGCCCGAGAGGAAGCCGCCUGCCGUGGGAGUGCUUCUCGGCAUGGCUGGACGGUGUGUGCGUUGUUACGUUCGACCUGGAGCUGGGCCAGGCCAUGGAGCUGGUGUACCCCCACAACAUCCAGAUAACAGAAAAAGAGAAAACCAGCAUCUGCUACCUGUCCUUCCCAGACUCCUAUUCAGGUUGUCUGGGUGACACACAGUUCACAUUUCGUAUGCGCCGCUCAGCAAGACAUAGAAAUUCCCUAUAUGAUGAUGAGAAAUAUAAUCGGGAAGCUCCUGUUACUCUGCAGAGGGAUUCUGCCCAUUACUUUGGGUACGUAUAUUUCCGACAAGUGAGAGACAGUUCUGUGAAGAGAGGAUACUUUCAGAAGUCUCUAGUUCUUCUCUCCAGUUUACCUUACACCAACUUGUUUCACACACUGCUGCAACUCAUAGCACCCGAAUAUUUUAACAAACUGGAGCCCUGUCUUGAAGCUGUUUGUAAUCAGAUCGAUCGAUGGCCAUUUCCUGAGCCAGGACUUUCCCUGUCAUUGCCUAUAAUGGGACUUGUAUUACAGGUCAAAAUUCCCAACCAAACUGAUCUGAUGGAAACUAAUGUUAUUACUGAGCACCCCAAGGACCGACUUGACCCCCCAUGCCAUAUCUCCAGCAUCCAUGAGUUGGAUCUCUUCAGGUCCCUGCAGUCAGUUCUGAUGAACCUCCAGUUGCUGUGGGAGCUGGUUUUGCUAGGAGAGCCACUAGUUAUUAUGGCGCCUUCACCCACCAUUUCAUCUGAAGUUGUACUAGCAUUGACUGGAUGCAUUUCGCCUUUAAAGUUUUGCUCAGAUUUUCGCCCAUAUUUCACUAUUCAUGACAGUGAAUUCAAAGAAUACACAACCAAAACACAAGCCCCUCCUAGUUUGUUACUUGGAGUAACCAACCCUUUCUUUAUCAAGACUUUGCAGCACUGGCCUCACAUCCUUCGUGUUGGAGAACCUCGAGUGUCUGGUGAUUUGCCGAAACAAGUGAAGUUAAAGAAGAUUACAAAGUUGAAGACACUGGACACGAAAAUGGGGAUGUACACCUCCUAUAAGCCAUUUCUUCACAAAGACAAAGCCCUUAUUAAACAAUUAUUAAAGGGUCUCCAGAAGAAACUCCCUUCUUCCGCACUCAGCUUAAUGCUUCGGAAACACUUGUUUGAUUUAACCCAAAGUUUUAUUCUUCCACUGGAACGUUAUAUGGGUAGCCUAAUGCCACAUCACAGCGCUAUCACUCCCUGGAAGAAUCCCCCUCAGGUUCGGCCAUUUCAGCAGGAAGAGCUAAUGAAGAUGCUAGAGCAUACAGGUCCACAGUAUAGCUCUGCAAUAAAGGGGGACUGGAUUGGACUUUACAGGCGUUUCUUAAAGUCUCCCCAUUUUGAUGGAUGGUAUCGACACAAACAGAAAGAGAUGAGAGAAAGACUUGAAACUGCGCAUCUUAAAGUCAUCUGUGAAGCAAAUAUAACAGCAUGGAUAAAGAACAAAUCAGAAGUGGAGAUUGUGGAUCUGGUACUGAAACUCAGAGACAAACUGGUUCGGGCACACAGACAACAUCUUCCGGUCAGCCCUGUUUCACUGAACAGAUUGAAGCUUCAUAUUGAUGAAGUUAUUGGCUCCCUUCCUGAAGACCUGCAGAGCAUUUUGCAUCCUCGCUGAAGAAUACCACAGCAUCCCUUAAUAUGCCAGUCAUCGGUGUACACCAUAUAGCGUCACUGUACAUCUUUGUGCUCUUUUACUAUUCAGAGACAACUAUAGGUUAUCCUACAACUCUACAGAAAGCUUAUUAUGUCUUAUAUUCUAUCUCGGACGAGAGGAGGGUGACAUAAUACAGUAUAGCACAGAACAUAUUGCUAAAGAAUUAUGUGGGAUUUUCACUGAAAUGACAAGCACAACAAAACUGAUCUGUGUGAACAUCUGAUGAUUCUCCACAUUUUUUUAAAUAUUAAAUGGUUUGUCUGGGUUUAGAAAAAGAUGACUGCUUUCUUCCAAUAACAGAGCCAUACCUGUCUCUGAGUGGAAUUGAGCUCCAUUGGAGAGAAUGGGGCACAGCCGCAAUAUCACACAUGACCGUUGGACUGGUGUGGUUCUGUUUUUGGAAAACAGCAGUUUUACAACCCCUUUAAGACCACAACUUGAUCAUGAAUGUCAGUGCCUCUGAGUGAUUUCAAAUUUUUGUGACUCAAAGUGACCGUGUCCCAUUAAUACUGAUCAAAGAAGCAGCGUAAGAUAGUAUACAAUGCAUAUCUGUCCUAUGACCUGAAUCCUACAAUCAGGACCACUCUGAUAUCACCCCACUAAAAUUGAACUUCCCCCAAGAACACAACCUGUGAAAAUAUGGUAGAUGGAUGAAGUGGCUCUCUAGAACAUGCAAAGGGUGCAGUAUUCUUUAAUUUUGUAAUGCAUGUUCUGUAUAUGGGUGUGUUUACAUAUGCACGUUCCCGUAUACUGAGUAUUUGGGAUUUUUGUAUGCAGGACACCCAUACACUCGCUGCAUCGAUGUGUGUGUAAACAAACUUACUUUAGAGAGGAAACCUGAAGGACAGAUUCCCUUGCGGCAAAGAAUGUAUCAUUAGAAAAAUUACAUUUUAUUCAAAAGUUUUUGGUGAUUUUUGUUUUGAAUACAUACAAGUGUAUAACUAGCCCUAAAAAGACUUCUGAAAUAUUUCAGUUUUCACAGUGGACACCAGCGCACGCACAAUAGGCUGACAUUACCUGCCCUCUGCAGCUCACUUGUGAGCUUUAUCAUGUAAACUGGGCCAGAAUGAGCAGUCAUCUCAUUAUCAAUAGAAGGAGGAGCAUUUAUAGGGAUUUAUUUAACAGAGAGAACCCCACAGGUAGUUGCCGUGAGUCCUUCUCCAGGCAUCUCCAGCAAAAUGGUGGCAGUAAGAUUCCAAAAAUAAAAAUCUAGAAUAAAAUAAUAAACACAUCAUAUUUCAUAGAAGCAUCUGAGGCGCCAUAUGAUGCAAAUACCCAAUAAAAGCAUACAUCCGUUAAUGCAGUAAUUUAUUUAGUCUUUGUUUCUUCUAAUCAUGAAUCUAAAUUUUUCUCUGUUGUACCUCUGUACUCUCAUGGAGACAUGCGCUACCAGUUCUCUAUAGUUUGCUAUAUUUAUAAUUGUUCAUGGUUAUUAUGAAAAUCACAUUUUCACCUUUACUAAUCUGUAUCUCUUUAAGGUAAAUGCAUUUUCAGUGGAUUACAAUUACAUCUUUAGAUUUACUUAGUUGUCCAGAGUUUUAUGAAGAAAGAAGCCUUCACAAAAAGUCUCUUACAAUUGUAAUAUCCUGCUUUUAGUAGUACUUCUAUAUGCUCUGUAUACCCGUAUAUUCCAUUGUAUGCAUGCCUGGAA